UGAAACUAUAAACUUCCACUCUCAUCAGAGCGCUGAAGCUCCCCAUUUUCUUCACUCAAUUCUUCCCCCAUGGCCCGUUUGGCAAACCUGAACGGAAUCUCGGAGACGCUGGCGGGCGCGCUAAGGCUUCCGAGCCUACGGAGGACCCAAAAGAGGGCAAACAUAGUCGGAUUUCAAGGCAAGAAAAAGGAUGAUCAUUCUCAAUCAGAACACAAUGUGCAAACCACAAGAAGAAAACUAGCACUAGGACUUGCCUCCAUUGCACUUGUUGGUAACACUACCUGCAACGGCGUCUCUCUCGCCGAAGACAACGGCUUCUGGAUAGAUGGCCCUUUGCCUGUUCCUACUGUUGAUAACAAUAUAGCGAACGAGAAGACGGGCACUCGUUCUUUUCUGAAGAAGGGGAUUUAUAUGGCAGAUAUUGGAACAAAAAACAGAAAGUACAGGCUGAGGAAGUGUGCCUUUGAUCUCCUUGCUCUGGAAGAUCUGAUUGGAAAAGACACAUUAAACUACGUCCAAAAGUAUCUUCGACUCAAAUCGACUUUCAUGUACUACGAUUUCGACAAGGUUAUCACUGCAGCAACGGUCGAUGACAAGCAACCUCUCACUCAUCUGGCUAACAGAUUGUUUGACAGUUUUGAGAAGCUUGAAGGUGCUACUAAACAGCGCAAUCUGCCUGAAACAGAAACAUUUUACAAAGACACAAAGGUUAUUCUACAAGAGGUCAUGGACCGAAUGGCAUAGAUUUGUAUAAUCAUUUCUUUUUUCUUUUUUAGAUUUGUAUGGUCUUGUUUUUUUCUUUGAUAAAAUCAAAGCAAAAGAUUGGUUACUCAUCCGAAUAUGGUCAAUAAAGUCUUCUCAUUCAUAUUUAA